UGUCGGUUGCAACAAGUCGUUGAGAGUUUAUGAAGACACAACUUCCCUCGUUAUUCCGUUCCUCACAACGCAACCGUUGUCCCUCCCCUUCCGCCGAGGAACACAAACAACAACCUCAACUUAACGCAUUGUGUGCAUGAUGGAGGAGAUGAAAGUUUCUCGGCGGGUGGAGUGGUGGCAGAACAUGAUGUUCCCCGUUCGGAGGGUUUGGUUUGUCGUUGCCAAGCGCCUCGGCAUUCGCAAAAAUGGGUUACUGAAGCUAAGUAAUGAUGUGAGGGCAUGCGAAUAUGAGGACAUUCAAGUGAUGUGGGAGAUACUAAACAGAAACGAAUCAGAGUUUGGUCAUUCUUCUAGCACUAGGAAAGGCAACAACAAGAAGGGGCAUUGCUGGAAAUUAUUGAGGUGGGCAAGGUGUGCUCCAUGCAUGUGCCGCACAUGAUCAUGAUUGCUGUGUACGUGAGAAGAAAAAAAUCCAACCUAUGUGUUGGUGUGGUUUUUCCUGCUUCAAUCAUGAAUAAAAAAAGGGUUCUGAAGGGUUUGUGUAGAACACGGUUCUUCUUUCCUUUUGAAUCAACCAACUCAACCAUAUGUAAAUAUCAACUGCAUCCACCAAGUUCGAUGUGUGUGACCAUCUCAUACUCCAUCCAUGUGCUUAAUUAGUGUGGUAUCGAAAUUGUUGUAUGUGUAGUUUCUGCUGUGUUUCAUCAUCAUCAUCAUCUUGGUAUGUGUUCAACCACCAGACGUUCAUGUAUUGCUUUUAGAGAUCCAUGAAUCGUGUCUAUCUCAGGCUUAAUUCCAGCUUGGUUUUUGUAUCAGAAAACUAUAUAUCUGCAUUCUGCAGAAGAAGGUAUAUAAAUAUGUGUAGUUAUUAUAAAUAUUCGGAAUCUCAUGUGCAUCAGAUACACCUA